AUGCCAUUCCUUGAAAGUCUCCUGAAUUAUAAACCUGGUGGCCUGCAUCCCGUCCAUAUAGGCGAUACUUUUGCGGAGGGACGUUACGAGGUUAUCGACAAGCUUGGACAUGGUUGUUCGUCCACCAUCUGGCUCGUUCGCGACUCGACAACUGCAAACUACGUCUCGCUCAAAAUUAUCGAGGCUUGUAGAUCGGAAUCGCCGAGUGAGUUUGCGGUCCUGAAGCAUCUAGAGGCAACAUAUGAUGCGGAAGACGAGGGUAGUCAGUACGUGGUUCGAAUGCUUGACCAUUUUGUGCAUGAGGGACCAAAUGGAGUACACUUCUGCAUCGUCCAGGAACUCAUGGGGCCUUCUCUGUCCUUGGACCUCGAAACAUUCUCGUAUGACUAUGCUCUCCCUUUGGACACGGCUAGUCGACUCGUUGGCCAGCUUUUUCUCGCUGUCGACUAUCUGCAUAAACGCGGAAUCGCCCAUGGUGACCUCCACACUGGGAAUAUACUAUUGUGUAUCCCCUCAACGCUCGAUUUCGAUUUCGGCAGUCCACCAAAGGAGACCUGUGAACUACCCACACCUCACGCGCCGAAAUAUCUUGUUGUGCCUAUUCCUCUACGCCUCACAAAACGCUUUAUAUGGUCCUGCAUGCUCAAGCCACACAUCAAACUCUGCGAUUUCAGCGAGUCCUAUAUGGCGAGCAUGACGACACCUCCGCGACUUGCUUGCCCACAUAUUCUCCGUCCACCGGAAGGCAUUCUCACUCAACUGCCACACGCAACCCUCGCGCUGGACAUUUGGGCUCUCGCUGUGGUCAUGUACCAAAUUUUGACCAACGGCGAUCUGCUGUUUUACCAAUUCGACGACGACAUUUUGGACGCCAUCACUCUCACGCUGGGUAAAUUCCCUGAACCGCUGUGGUCGAGCUGGAGCAAUCGGGGGGAGUACUUUGACGAGGAUGGAACCCCACUCAAUUACCCCGACUGGUCAAGUACCCCCUCCCAUAGCCCCUUGAUGCAAAAGGCGCAGUUUUGGACAAACGACGAGGAGGAACAUGCGGCACUCGCGGCGAUGAUGGAAAGGAUGUUGCGCUAUGAUGCGGAAAGCAGGAGUUCAGCCAGCGAGUUGGUGCAAUGUGAAUGGAUAGUGGAGUAUUGCCGUCCUUACCUGGGUGACGAUGUGGUCCUGCCCAAGAAGCGCACCAGGCGUCGGAAACUGUCCUUCGUGUUCCCUCCAGAGUGGUGCUAA